AGCACUCUCUUCCUCCGUUCAAGUGUGAGAUUGAAAGUUUCACACUUUCUGAACGCAAAAACUCCAUAAGCGAAACCCAUUUCUAAUUACGAGAAUCCAUCUCCUUGUAAUGGCGUUCAUCACCAGAUCUAACCAAUGGAACAAAGCUAGGGUUUUUCUCUCGCUUCCCAGAUCGUCACACUCAGCUCUCCUCUCAUCCUCCCGCUUACUCACCUCAACUAUCGAAAUCACCGAGAACCAAUCCGAAAACCCAGAACCCCAUUCACCCGAGACGAAGACGAGGCCGCCGCCGCUCAGGGAGAGGUUCCAGCGAGGUAAGCGUCAAAACCACCACGAAAAGCUAGAGGACACGAUAUGUAGAAUGAUGGAUAACCGAGAAUGGACCACCCGGUUACAGAACUCGAUCCGAGAUCUCGUACCCGAGUGGGACCACUCUUUGGUCUACAACGUCUUGCACGGAGCAAAGAAGCUCGACCACGCGCUCCAGUUCUUCCGUUGGUCGGAGAGAUCGGGCCUGAUCCGACACGACAGAGACACGCAUAUGAAGAUGAUUGAGAUGUUGGGACAGGGACAGAAGCUGAACCAUGCUCGUUGCAUUCUCUUGGAUAUGCCUGAAAAGGGCGUGCCUUGGGAUGAGGAUAUGUUCAAGGUUCUCAUAGAGAGCUACGGCAAAGCUGGGAUCGUGCAAGAGAGUGUUAAGAUCUUUCAGAAGAUGAAGGAGUUGGGUGUGGAGAGGACGGUGAAGUCGUAUGAUACUUUGUUUAAGGUGAUUCUUAGGCGUGGGAGGUAUAUGAUGGCGAAACGGUAUUUUAACAAGAUGGUUAGUGAGGGUGUUGAGCCGACUAGGCAUACUUAUAACUUAAUGCUGUGGGGGUUCUUUUUGUGUUUGAGGUUAGAGACUGCUUUGAGGUUUUAUGAUGAUAUGAUUAGCCGUGGGAUCUCUCCUGAUGUUGUUACGUACAACACUAUGAUUAACGGGUACUGUCGGUUUAAGAAGAUGGAUGAGGCUGAGAAGUUGUUUGUUGAGAUGAAGGGGAAGAACAUUGAGCCUAGCGUUGUGAGUUACACUACCAUGAUUAAAGGGUAUGUUUCUGUGGAGAGAGUUGAUGAUGGGUUGAGGAUCUUUGAGGAGAUGAGAUCUUUUGGUAUUGAGGCGAAUGCCACGACGUACUCCACGUUGUUGCCGGGUCUCUGUGAUGCAGGGAAGAUGGUGGAGGCUAGGAAUGUGUUGAAGAGUAUGAUGGCGAAACACAUUGCUCCUAACGAUAACUCGAUUUUUCUCAAGCUUUUGGUUUCUCAGAGCAAGGCUGGUGAUAUGGCUGCAGCCACGGAGGUGCUUAAAGCCAUGGCUACACUGAAUGUUCCGGCGGAAGCGGGACACUAUGGGGUCUUGAUCGAGAAUCAGUGCAAGGCUAAUGCGUACAACCGUGCUAUCAAGCUUUUAGACGUUCUAGUUGAGAAAGAGAUCAUACUUCGGCAUCAGGAUACUCUGGAGAUGGAGCCAAGCGCUUAUAACCCGAUCAUCGAGUAUUUGUGCAACAACGGCCAAACGUCUAAAGCAGAAGUGCUUUUCAGACAGCUGAUGAAGAGAGGUGUUCAAGACCAAGAUGCUUUGAACAAUCUUAUCAGCGGACACGCCAAGGAAGGUAACCCGGAUGCUAGCUACGAGAUUCUCAAGAUCAUGUCGAGGAGAGGCGUCCCUAGAGAGGCAAACGCGUACGAGCUUCUCAUCAAGAGCUACAUGAGCAAAGGAGAGCCUGGAGACGCUAAAACGGCUUUGGACAGCAUGAUCGAAGACGGGCAUGUUCCAGAUUCGACCCUAUUCAGGUCAGUGAUCGAGAGUUUGUUCGAGGACGGUAGGGUGCAGACGGCGAGCCGUGUGAUGAUGAUCAUGAUAGAUAAAAACGUUGGCGUGGAAGAGAAUAUGGAUUUGGUUGCGAAGAUCUUGGAAGCUCUGUUGAUGAGAGGGCAUGUGGAAGAAGCGUUGGGGCGUAUCGAUCUUCUGAAUCAAAACGGACACACGGCUGAUGUGGACAGGCUGUUGUCUGUUCUGAGCGAGAAAGGGAAGACCAUUGCAGCGUUGAAGCUGUUGGAUUUCGCGUUGGAGAGGGAUCUUAGCUUGGAGUUUUCGAGCUACGACAAGGUGUUGGAUGCGCUUUUGGGAGCUGGGAAGACUCUGAAUGCGUACUCUGUUCUGUGUAAGAUCAUGGGGAAAGGAAGUGGGAGUGAUUGGAAGAGCUGCGAUGAGUUGAUCAAGAGCUUGAACCAGGAAGGGAACACGAAGCAAGCAGAUGUUCUUUCUAGGAUGAUCAAGAAGGAACAAGGAAGCAAGAAAGACAAGAAAGAAGACAGUGUUUCUCUAUAGAAACUUGAAGUGAUUCUUUCUUGGCUUUUAAGAACUUUAAUCUCUUAUUGUUUCUCAAAUAAAUCCUUUUUUAGAAACUUGUUUUGAAGGGAUACGUUUGUAUGAUUCAGUUUUUUUU